UCGCCACCGCCACCGAGGAUUGCGUUGGCGGACUCAGCAAGGGGACGUGGGGCGCAGACACAGGGCCCCGGAGGACGCGGCGGCAGUUAGGGGUGCACGGUGUGCGCUGCGGAACCGACCUGAGCUGCCACUUUCCUAGACCCCGCCGCUCAGCGCCGCGGCCAUGCGCUCCCUGUGGAGAGAAAUCCUCCUGGAGACCCUUUUGGGGUAUGUUUCUUGGUCUCUCUUGCAUGGGCUGGCCCCAAUGAUUUAUUACUUUCCUCUGCAAACACUGGAACUCACCGGGCUAGAAGGGUUUAGCAUAGCGUUUCUUUCUCCGAUAUUCCUAACGAGCACUUCUGUCUGGAAGCUGGUUAAGAAGAAGUGGAUGCUGACCCUGCUGCGGGUGAUCACUGUUGGCAGCAUAGCCUCCUUCCAGGCUCCAAAUGCCAAACUUCGGUUGGUGGUCCUUGCGCUUGGUGUGUCUUCUUCGCUGAUAGUACAAGCUGUGACGUGGUGGACAGGAAGUGGUUUGCAAAGGUACCUCAGAAUCUGGGGAUUCAUUUCAGGACAGAUUCUUCUCGUUGUUCUCCGCAUAUGCUACACUUCACUAAACCCAAUCUGGAGUUAUCAGCUGUCCAACAGAGUGAUACUGACGUUAAGUACCAUAGCCACACUUGAUCGCAUUUCCACAGAUGGUGACUGCAGUAAGCCUGAGGGGAGGAAGAGCAGCCAGACAGCCAAGGGGGUGGCCUGCAGGUCUCACUGGCUGUUGGCCGGGGCUGCCUUUGGCAGCCUUAUGUUCCUCACCCACUGGAUUUUCGGAGAAGUCUCUCUCGUUUCCAGAUGGGCAGUGAGUGGGCAUCCUCAGCCAGGGCCAGAUCCCAACCCAUUUGGAGGUGCAGUUCUGCUGGGUUUGGUGAGCGGAUUGACACUUUCGACUUGUUCGUGGUUCCCGGGUACCAGUUUCAUCUGGUGGGUUACAGGAGCGGCUUCGGCUGCGGGACUUCUUUACUUGCCCACGUGGGCAGCCGCUGUUUCUGGCUGUGUCCUCGCCCUCUUCACGGCGUCCAUGUGGCCUCAAGUGCUCGGACACCUUAUCAGCUGCAGCUCGAGCCCUGGGAAAAGCAUGACCAUUGCUAUGGUGUUUUAUCUGCUAGACAUAUUUUUCUGUGCAUGGUGCACCGCGUUUAAAUUCGUCCCAGGAGGUGUCUACGCCAGAGAAAGAUCUGACAUGCUUUUGGGGACAGUGAUGGUAAUUCUUGGACUGAAUAUGCUGUUCGGCCCUAAGAAAAGUCUUGACGUUUUUCUUCAAACAAAAAACAGCCCUAAAGUGCUUUUCAGGAAGAGUAAAGAGUACAUGAAACUUUUUUUGUGGCUGCUUGUUGGUAUUGGGCUAUUAGGAUUAGGACUACGGCAUAAAACCUAUGAGAGCAAAUUGGGCAAAGGGCUUCCUCAGGCACCAGUCACGGAGGUCUCGGCUGCCAUCUGGCCUUUCCGGUUUGGCUACGACAACGAAGGAUGGUCCAGUCUAGAAAGAUCGGCUCAACUGCUUAAUCAAACAGGUGCAGAUUUCAUAACAAUUUUGGAGAGUGAUGCUUCUAAGCCCUUUAUUGGGAACAAUGACUUAACCAUGUGGUUAGGAGAGAAGUUGGGUUUCUACACUGAUUUUGGUCCAAGCACAAGAGAUCACACUUGGGGAAUUAUGGUUUUGUCAAGAUACCCUAUUGUGAAAUCGGAGCACCACCUUCUCCCGUCACCAGAGGGCGAGAUUGCACCAGCCAUAACCCUGACCGUGAACAUCUCGGACAAACUGGUGGAUUUUGUUGUGACACACUUUGGGAAUCACGAAGAUGACCUCGACAGGAAACUUCAGGCUAUUGCUGUUUCAAAAUUACUGAGAAGUAGCUCUGAUCAGGUGGUAUUUCUGGGAUAUAUCACUUCAGCGCCUGGUUCUAGAGAUUAUCGACAGCUCAUCGAACAUGGCAAUGUGAAGGAUAUUGACAGCACGGAUGAAGACAGGUGGUGUGAAUACAUUAUGUACCGAGGGCUGAUCAGAUUGGGUUAUGCAAGAAUCUCCCACGCUGGACUGAGUGACUCUGAAAUUCAGAUGGCCAAAUUUAGGAUCCCUGAUGACCCUGUUGAUUACAGAGACAACCAGAAAGUGGUUACAAACCACAGGGAAGUGCCCCCCAAAAUUCAUUUCAAUCCCCGAUUUGGAUCCUACAAAGAAGGACACAAUUAUGAGAACAACCAUCAUUUUCAUAUGAGUACACCAAAAUACUUUUUAUGAACUAUUUAACACACCAAUUCAUUGAGCAAGUCUAAGGAAAACAAAAGUA